AUUAAAGAUGGCAGCUGCAUGCUCAGCAAGAAGACGGGCAGUGAUGUGGGCAAACUCUACAACCAAGGACUGGCGCAGGUGCAUCACUUCGAGAUGAAACCUUCCCUAGACUGUGGCGGCUCUAUCACUGAUCUGGUCGGGGACUUCGCAAGCCCAGGCUGGCCCAGAAACUAUUCACACCACCUCAAUUGUACCUGGACCGUGUUGGUGCCUGAGCACAAGAUCGUUAUGUUCACAUUUAUCCACUUUGACCUGGGCAAGAGACCCGUCAACCCUUGCGACAGUUCCAACGAUCGACUGCGCAUCACGGAACUGACGUCACAAGGGGAUGUGACGUUUUGCGCAAGUCCACCGAUGACUACCUACAUCAGCCAGACCAACUUUGUGACCUUCAACUUUGUCACUAACGCCCAUAGUGACGCCCAGGGGUUCAAGGUCGCCUUUAAAGGAGAUUGGCCUUGCCGCGCCAUGCUGACCUCAGACAGAGGAGAAAUCGCCUCCCCGCUGUGGCCGGAACAGUACUCACCCGGACUCAACUGUGCCUGGGUCAUCAAGGCUCCCGCCAAUGCCAAGGUCACGCUCAAGUUCACCACCAUUGACCUUGAUGGUCAAGGUUUCGGCGCAUGCUCAGAACAACACGAUUACAUUGAUAUCCACAUUCCACAAGGACUACCCCUCUACAUCGCCAGGUUCUGCAAGCACGAAUCCCCAGCCGCCAUCAUCUCCUCCAGCAACCACCUCCUGGUCACCUUCAGGUCCGACGACUACGUACAACGCACCGGCUUCCACGCCAGCUACGACUUCCUCCUCCCCACCACCAUCACACCACCGACCACCACCACCACAACAUCCUCCUACAAGAUCAAAAAUGCCAGGUUUGUAGAGCCCAGGCAUCAGAGACAAGGGGCUAGGGUCAACAUCACACUCCUUGAGGACAUCGGUUUUGGUGAGGACAUAC